AGCCAACCCCUCCCCCAAAACUCUUUCACCAUGGAGUCGAUGGAAACCAAGCUGCUGAAUAAAUACAACAUCUCCACGCUGUACCCCUCACAAUGGCCGGAAGAGAAAGACCGAGAUUCGGACGAGGAAGACGAGCCCCUGCCGCGAACCACAACCGCGCAGCCAAUCCGCCGCUCAAAGUCACGAUACUCCGUGCUCGAGAGUAGCGGAAGCUAUCAGAGGAGGCUGCCGGGUGCAGAGAGGUCUCGAGAUGGCGUUGAAAAUUUGGUGCAGAAGGACGAGGGGGAUGCGUUGGGGAUGUAUCCGAGCGUGGUGCAGGUGUUGCGGCAGAGGGGGUUGCCGGUUGAGGAUGAUGUUAAACUGCGGAACCGCUUCUUGCUGAGUUCGACAACCUUCUCCCCCUCCCUCUUCCUUUCUCAGGUCCACAGCUCCGCAUCCACCGACUCGCUCCUCGCCGGCCUCGACUUCCUGUCCCGCUCCAUCGAGAAGAAAUCCGCGUCCCUGAAGAUCCUCGUCGAGUCUAAUUUCGAGCGCUUUGUCGGUGCAAAGGCGACCAUCGACCGCGUGUACAAUGAAAUGCGCGAUGUGGGCAAGGAGCCCGAGUCGCCGCCAGGAGCGCGACGCCCGGGCCAUUCUCGCGGUGCCAGUCGAUCCAGCUUCUCGGCGCGGAACCCGAGUGGGGUGUUGAGUCCGGGGCAGCAGUUGAAGCCCGUGCCGAAUGAAAAGAAGAAGAAUGCGCUGGUCAAGGAGAGCGAGUACGGCGUGCAGGGCAUCAAGGUGCCGCUUACCGAGGUCGCUGUCAAGGCUGAGGAAGUAUGGGGCCCUGCGCUGGGUGGCCGAGAGAAGGAAGCGACUUUGAAAGCGAUACUCGCUUCUGUGGAGAAGAGCCGCGGUCUGUUCGAAGUUGGUUCUGCUAUCCAAGACGCCAUACGGCGCAAGGAUCACGAAACCAUCGUUGAGGAAUAUUCACGGGCGCGGAAGUACGCCGAAGACGCUCGAUAUAUAGUCGAGCAAGCUAGCUACAGGCAGGCCCCCCUCUCAGACGCUGACAUUCACCAGGUCAUCGUCACGGCACGCAUGUGGGCGGAUGUAGAAUCGCAGAUUGAGUCUUUCAAGCGUGAUGCCUGGAGGCGACUCGCUGGCAUGCAUUUCGCGAAGCAGCAGCCCAAUGAGGAAAUUAAGUCAGAGCAGCAUAUGGAGCUCAUAUCUCUCAUGCUAGAACUAGGCGUCGAAGACAAUCCCAUCUGGAUUUGGUUGCUCUCUCGCUACGAUUAUCUCAAGUCCCGCCUGACGGGAACUUGCGAGCGCUCCAGGGUCGAAAUCGAAAUUCUCCGGCGCCAUCUUGCGAAUGCAGAGAAGCCGAGUCUACGCAUGUUGUCGACUCACCUCCGGUCCGUCGCGGCUGGCGGGCCUCGUGGAGGCGAGCUAGGGAAGCUGGACUCAGUGAAGAUCAUCGAAUUCUGGGAACAUGUACAUGCGUCCAUGACCGCGCUUCUCUCCACGAACGGUGGGCUCCUGGGCGAAAUAAUAGAGUACUGGGACAUUGCACAAUCCUUCAUCAGCGGCCGCGCCCAGAAGUCUCUCCCAAUGGGCUACAACAACCAAUCCUCCGUUCACCACCAACUUUCGCCCAACCACAUCACUGAGCUCGAAAAAGGUGCCACGGAACUUGCAAACAUCAUCCGCGAACAUCUCUUCGGUUUCUUCUCUGACCCUCCUAUUGAAGACAUCUCACUCCUCUUUUCACCCCUCCCCACCACACCCACUCCAACAACGCCCAGGACCCCUCUCAGUGCAGCGCUCAGUCCAACAGCUGGGUCUCGAUUCCGCUUCGACCCCAACAACAUCCCACCACCUUCGCCAAGCCGUGGUGAAACUUGGGAGAAAUACGCUUUCUGGCCUCCGCAUUCCAACGCCCUGUCUGGAUCCCACUACCUCUCCAAAUCCAUCAUUUUAAUCGGCAACGCUGCCAAUGAAAUGGCCUCUCUUCGUCUUCCAGAGAUGGGAUCACUCUCAAGACUAGACGAAGCACUCCGCAUGCUGGUCGGCGCCGUGCGUGAGCGCUGCGUACAAGCUGUGUGCGCAGCCUGGAACGCCGAUGCCGAGAACCUUAAAGUGCUAGAGGAUUGGACGCGUGACCCCGAACGAAAAGACAUCACCAACAUGCCCGCACGGUUCCUCAGCGUGCAGAGUUUCCUGCUGGCAAAUUUGCAGAAGAUAAUGUAUGUUACUGGAAGUGAGGGCGGGAGCAAGACGGCGGUUGAUGUUGUGGUUCCUCCGAGUAAUAAGUUGUUGCAGAUGGCAAGAGCGCAAUUUGUGACAAGCUUAUAUAGGACAUUUAGCGGGAUGGUGGAGUGUGCGGAGAAGGGGAGGAGAGCGCUGGGUCGGGAGUGGGAGAUCAAGGGAGAUGAUUUGACGGUCGAGGGAGACGGCGAAGACAAUGGGGGGUGGGGGAAAGUCGAUGCCGGGAAACAGUCAACCCGCCUCCUCCUUACUCUAUCCAACAUGUCCGAGUUCAACACCUCCACGGCUCCGCACCUCCUCACCCAAUUCGAAACUCUCUUCUCCGUCCAACUAACCGACGAAACCACCCGUAUCCGCGACGUCCUCCAACAACUUGACUCUCAGCUCUUCAAAUCCUACACCAAACCUCACAUCCAACGCAUCACCUCUACCAUCCAAUCCGGCAUCUUCUCGCCCUCCUGGGCCCCCUCCCCUCCCCGCGGAAAAAGCGUCGCAGACCGCGACCCUUCGCCCUAUGUCUUCACCAUCCUCCUCUCCCUCGUCAUCGUGCACACCGAAGUCAGCACCACCUCGCCUUCUCUAACCCCACGCAUCCUCCGCUCGCUGUUCGAAUCCACAACAGACGCCCUUAUCACCACGUUCUCUAAACUACAGUCGUGCUCGCUAGCAGCGCUCAUGCAGGCCACGCUUGAUGUCGAGUUCAUGGCGCAGACACUGAGUAGUUAUACGACGGAGAAGGCUAGUCAGACGCAGACGGAUAUUUAUCAGGUAUUGGAUCAGAAGACGGAUAAUGCGGCGAGGGUGCGGUUGCAGGAUGAGUUGGGGGCGUUAAGGGGGGUGUUAAAGAGGUUAAGGGAGGGGACUAGGGCGGAGUUUGCGUGUUUCAGGAGGGCCAAGAGGGGGACUGUGGGAGGUGCGGAGGGGGUGGGAUAUGUACGGUAG